AUGCAAAACGCUUUCCUCACCAACGCGCUGUUCCAGGGAGAAGUGCUCUUUGAUGACCUCCGAUUAUUAUCAAUAACACGCUCUUAUUAUCGCAAUUCUGUGGGUGGCUUACUAGUGUUUGACAUCACAAAUCGACGAUCUUUUGAACAUGUGAAGGACUGGCUAGAAGAGGCAAAAAUGCACGUGCAGCCCUUUCAGAUUGUGUUCCUGUUAGUAGGACAUAAAUGUGACUUAGUGUCACAGCGUGAGGUUACGAGAGAAGAAGCUGAAAAACUGUCAUCUGACUGUGGUAUGAAAUAUAUAGAAACUUCAGCAAAAGAUGCCACGAAUGUUGAGGAGUCCUUUACAAUUCUUACACGAGACAUCUAUGAACUUGUAAAAAAAGGAGAAAUCUCAAUACAAGAUGGAUGGGAAGGUGUCAAGAGCGGCUUUGUUCCAAAUGUUGUACAUUCGUCAGAAGAAGCUGUAAAGCCCAGAAGACAGUGCAUCUGCUGA